GACAGGUGGACGGUUUUCUACGUGUAAAAGCGUUUUCCUGACAAAACUGGUUUGCAAACUAUGGAAGAAUCAGAGAUCUUAAGACUUAAUGUGGGUGGACAUAUUUAUACAACGACAAGGUCUACCCUUGUCAAGUAUCCAGAUUCAAUGCUGGGAGUGAUGUUUAAAGGUGAUAUCCCAUCCAAAAUGGACCAGGAUGGAAACUACUUUAUUGACCGAGACGGACAAAUGUUCAGAUACAUACUGAAUUUUUGUAGAUCUGGAAAACUUUGUUUGCCACAACACUUUACAGAUUAUGAUUUACUGGAAAAUGAGGCUGAUUUUUACCAAAUUCAACCCUUGAUAACCAGCAUCACAUCUUCAAGACAACAUGCAAUGAAAGAAAACUUGGAAGUUCAUUACUUAGAAAUCGUGGAAGUGAGAACAGGUACAACUGCAACAAUGCCCUCAAAAAAUUCUCGGGUGAAAACUAUUUUACUUGGAAGGAAAGAAGAUUUACUUGCACUGCCCUCAACUCUUGUUGGUGAAGAGGCAGCAGAAAGAUUGGAAUGUAAAAAUGGAUCAAAUUAUGUGGAACUAGAAAUUUUUGGAAGUAAUGUGAGAAUUCAGCUAGCAGAUUUUCUAAGUAACAGUGGAUGGGUGAAUGAAAAUUCAGACCUAUCAUCCUCAUCCAGUUUAACAAAAGGACAGGACACCAGCAUACUCUGCAUAGAACAGAGUUACAGGGAUCGCUGGAAAAUAUACAAACAGAAAUAACUGAUAACAAUUAAAAUUAGGGCUCCUACAGGUCUUUCACACAAUGGAAGUUACAUGACUAUUUUAUAUUCAUAAAUUCUAUAGCUGCAGAUCGAUACAUGUACAUGAAGUUCAUGUGCCAUAUAAUGUUUUUAACAUUGAAAUGUGUUCAUUGAAGAGAUCGAUCUUUCUAUUUUCUUUUCUGCAAAGUUCAUUGCAAAUAUAUAACAAUGGAUUUUAGAUAUAAAUGAUAUCAUUUUUUGAAAAAAUUGAACAAUUUUUAUUUAUUUAAUUUAUGUACUUUUAUCUACA